UUUAACAUCCUGACAGUCUGGGAGCACUAUUCAAUGCUGUUGAAAAAUUAGGAUAUGGAAAAAAUGUCCAGGAGCGCCAAACUUCGAGACCUGGUCCUUAACACCACCGUGCCACUCAUCAUUAAUGACUUUCCGUUGAACUGGAAGUGCUUUGAAGGCUCACUGCAUGACUGGUGCGAAAGGUUCGACCUGGAGGCGUCCCAAUCGCCUGUUUUUGAGCUCAUGGGACUGACGGACUGCAGCUCUCCUCAGUGGGAAAGGAAGCGGACACGGGACAAUCAGUUGAGGAGCAUGCAACAGUUUCUGCGGGAAUAUGGAGUUCUGGAUGAGGAGCAAACUCACUGGGCCGCGUUCCAGUAUAAAAGGGCACAGGAGUUACCCGCCACUUGCCGCCAGGGCAUUGACUUUGCUUGCUUUGGGUUUCCUGAUCACGGUGACGACUUUGCCCUAUGGCUUGGUUCGGAACAAGCGAAUACGCCUUGUCACUACGAUACUUUCGGUGUAAACAUCGUGGUGCAAGUACAUGGCAGCAAGUCCUGGCUCCUCUUUCCCCCUGAGGCUCCUCUCCAAAGUACCAGGAUUCCCUACGAAGAGUCUAGUGUGUACUGCCUGGAGAACUUCUAUGCGCCCGCUCCAGAGAAGAUUCAGCAUUACAAAGCACUAGCUCCAUACGCCUAUCAUUGCAAUCUUCAAGCAGGCGAUGUCCUCAUUGUUCCACGCCAUUGGUGGCACUACGUAGAGGCUUUGUCCACUUCCCUAAGCGUCAAUUACUGGGUGCCACUAAAAGCAGACAUGGACCUGGCACUCGAUGAAUUCUUGGUCAAGCACAUUGUGGAAAGCUUCGUAAAGGGCGAGAGCGACCAGUUAAAGGAAUACCUGUUGAAUCCCAACCAACUGGCGGAUGUUGUAUCCACUCCUAGCGAGCUCUUUGCGCAGUUCGAGAGGGCGGUUCAGAACAUGGAGAGUGGUCAGGACAACCGAAAGCUGUGGGACACUGACUUCCUCAGUGCAACAGAUUGCCGGAAUCUGCUUACGAACAUCAACCUGAACAUUGAGCAGCUGGAGGUGAUGCCCAAGGAAGAGUACAAUUUAUUGCUGGAGAACAACUCCAAGAGGAUCAAACCAAAUUCUCAGAAUCCAUCCGAGUCGACGCCCAUAAGCUCCACCUGCGAGUUUCUGGUUAGCAGCAUGUGUGCCCCACGAGUAAUUGCCGGAAUGAAGCGCGAAUUCUUUCGGAGAUUGCAAAACGACAGUUUAUAGGUAUUUUUUAAUAAGUCUAAGACAAACGUUUACUGUGAUACGUGAUAAUAUUGUUGCAUAUGUGAGAUUAAAAUCCAAAAAGCCUUCAA